GAUACCAUCGGCAACUAUGGGCAGUCCGAAACAAGCCAACAAAGAUUAUUGGAAGGACCAGAAAAAUGGUACAUAUCCCUACCAGGAACCUUCAUCCAGACCUUGUCAGAGAGGUAGAGAAAUGCCUGGGACCCACUGAAACUACAGCACCUUCAACUCCUACCGCAUCUGCAACAACAUCUACAAGAACAACUCCUGAAAUCCUGACAACCUCACAUACACCUAGAUCUACCUCUGAACCUCAAGAUUCACCACCUACCACAUCUGCAACAACAUCUACAAGAACAACUCCUGAAGUCAAGACAACCUCACAUACACCUAGAUCUACCUCUGAACCUCAAGAUUCACCACCUACCACAUCUGCAACAACAUCUACACCAACAACUCCUGAAAUCAAGACAACCUCACAUACACCUAGAUCUACAUCUGAAACUCAAGAAGCACCUGUAUCCACUAACUGACUGAUCAAAGACAUACACCACCAGCUGCAACUCCAUUACAGACAGUCAGCACUCACUCAAAUAAAGCCCCAGUGCAGCUGGUUAAGGGAAAAGGGAAAAUUAGACAUGUUAUUGCUGCCCACUGAAGUGUCGGCCGACGAAUUAUGUAAAAAGUGCUUUAAGCGAGGGAGAAGUGGCAUGCGGUGGGUUGAGUGCGAGAUAUGUGAACAGUGGUAUCAUGCAACAUGCAUGGAGAUAGGAAGGACACAGUACAUGAAAAUUCAAAGGAACGAAACGACUUGGGAAUGUUGUUGAUACUGUUAUAAAUAGUUCAGUGUUAGGUUCUCUGAUCAUUGCAAAUUUUGCACCAGUUUACUGAAUAUAUUGCUGAUUAAUCUUCUAUAUAUGAAUAAAAAUUGAAAUAUUUGGUAUACAAAAAAAUGACCUUUUCAAAAUAUCUGAAAGCAAAAUGGACAACUCUUUUAUUGACAGUGUUUCAAUGAUUUUAGGAAUUCCCCAAUGAUAGUUUAUGAUUCAAACAUUUCCACAGCUUAAUAAAUUCAAUACAAUAUUGUAUAUCUUUUUAUACUGUCAACAUUUUGAAAGAGGCUAUACUGAACUUUCUUGACAUGAAAGAAAUUUUAAACUAACUCCUUUAAAAUUUUACCAUCAAUAUUUUCACUCAAUUUAGGUGAUAAUUGUAAAUGAGAAGGCCAAACAAAAAACAGUUUAUAUAUAUCUGAAGUUAUAAACCCCACCCAAUUACUAAUUAUGAUUUUUCAUCAUUUAAACAUUUCAAUACCUAAACAUUUUUGUAUAAUAUUACUGACAAUUUUUUGGAGCAUGAGGACCAUGACAAUUAAACAAUAACAUAAACAUGCUGUUGUUUGAAUACCAAGUGGGGAGUAAUACCCAUUUACUUUGUUUACCACAAUAAAUAAAACAUCUUAUAGUUAGUUUGCGGUAGUGUUUAGAAAUCAUGAAAUAACAUGCUAAGUUAUUAGUUACGUUAAGUAUUUAUUAAUUUUUCAUAGAAAGCAAUGAUUGUGAUAGUUCAAUCCAGAGAAUGUUAAAUUGCUCCCAAAUACAUGAUUACAUGGAAAUUGCAGAAAGCCAAUUACUUAUACCUUUAAAAUGUUGUAAUUACAUUUGAUAACAAUGACUGUGUUUCAUUAUUUACAGUAAGGUACUCCUGAACAGUUAGGGAAGAGCUUCAUAAUGAGUAAAACAUAAGAAACACUUUCAGAAUACAGUCUACCUAUUAUUAGGCAUAAAAAAUUGUUUGUUUCUGGUAUCCCGACCUACCUUAAAUUUUUAGGCCCGACCCUAAAUGUUGGCCUUGGAGAAUAUUUUUUUCAACUUUUUGACAAGUUGCCAAACUGCACUUUUUAUGCUGUUAAAAUGGUCAGUGAUGUUAGAAAUCAACUUCCUAAUGCUCUAAAGGCAUAACCCCCAUAUAUGUGUUCAGCUUGACACAAUAAUAAAAUGUCUCGGUUCAACUUCAGAAAAAAAAAUUCCCCCAAAAAAUUUUCCAACCUACCUACCCUUGAGCAUUUUGCCGGAAACAAAGAAUUUUUUCAAGCCUUAUGUAAAACCACUUUAAUUUUUAUUUGUAAUUUCUCAUUGCUGUAUAUAUGUAUAUAUAUAUCCUUUACAUUUUAAUACAUAUAUUUAAAUUUUUUGUGUAUAUUGAGGUAUAAUCAUUGAGGCCAAUAAACACCUUUGGCUAAAAAGCCAACAAUUUCUUUAAAAGAAAUUUAUACAUUUUUUUACUUAUUUUGAUGCACUGCCUAACUUAAUAGCAGGAUGUACAACUGAACAACUUAAAAGAUUGUAUGCACCUUUUUUGACUUGACAGUUUUUGGUUAAGCUUUUGUAUGUUACAGGUGGUAUCUUAGUACCCAUGAAAGGUAAUGGCACUUGUUCACUGUUCCAUAACAAAUUAUGCCUAGCAGUUUUUGGUUAAGCUGGUACCUUAGUACUUGGUAAUGGGAAUGCAUUGAAACUUCACACACUUGUGCACUGCAAUGAUUUGACAUGCAGUGCACAGGUUUGCAUUUUUACAAAAUUAUGUCCCUUUCUUGACUUAGCAAAUUCUAGUUAAGAUUUUGUAUGUAAACUGGUAUCUCAGUAACCACUAAUGAAAAUGGAUUGAAAAUUGACACAGUUAUUCAUUUUCAUGUACAAAUAUGCAUUUACAGGUUCCUCUUUUGCAACUUUACAAAUUAGCCCCCAUUUUCGAUAUUUGU